UCGAUACCAAUCGCAAUCCGUACGAAUCGAAGAGCAGGACUUCCCGGGAAGUGGAAUGAAGCUCUCGUCAAUGGCCGCUCCUCUCCUCCUCUGCGCUUAUCCUCCCCCGACGCGCGCUCUUCCUUUCCGUCUCAGAGCGAGCAGCAGCAUGCCGGGCGCCGCGGUCGACGGAGCCGGAGCGCCGAAAAUGGCGGUCCGGUACGAGCUGCGGCCGGGGCAGAACCGCCUCCGCCACGAGCUCCCCUCCGGCCUGUCCAUGGAGGUCAUCGCGCAAGGGAGCGCCGACGAGAGCGGCGGGGACCUCAAUCCGCCGCUGGUGUUCGUGCACGGGAGCUACCACGCCGCCUGGUGCUGGGCCGAGCACUGGUUGCCCUUCUUCUCCGGCCGCGGGUUCGACUGCUUCGCCGUCAGCUUGCUCGGUCAGGGUGAAAGUGAUGCACCCUCUGCUUCUGUUGCUGGGUCGCUCCAGACACAUACAGCUGAUGUUGCCGACUUCAUCAACAAAAAACUUAGCUCGCCUCCAGUUCUGCUUGGACAUUCAUUCGGAGGGCUUAUUGUCCAAUACUACAUUGCAAACAUAAGAGAUGAGCAAUAUACAGAGAGAAAUGGUUUGUUCCCGAACUUGGCAGGAUCUGUGCUUGUUUGCUCUGUACCUCCUUCUGGUAAUAGUGGCAUAGUGUGGCGAUAUCUAUUUACCAAACCUAUAGCAGCUUUUAAGGUCACUCGCAGUUUGGCUGCUAAAGGCUUUCAAACUUCUCUUCCCCUUUGUAAGGAAACAUUCUUCUCUGCUGCAAUGGAGGAUCAUCUGGUGCAACGUUAUCAGGAACUAAUGAAGAAUAGUUCACAGAUGCCAUUGUUUGAUCUAAGGAAGCUGAAUGCUUCUCUUCCAGUUCCCUCUGUGCCCAAAUCUUCCAUUCAACUUCUCGUGGUGGGUGCAAAUGAUGAUUUCAUAGUGGAUGCUCAAGGGAUACGAGAAACAGGCGAAUACUAUGAUGUACCGCCGAUUUUUGUUGAAGGGGUGGCUCAUGACAUGAUGCUAGAUUGCUCGUGGGAGAAAGGUGCAGACGUUAUCUUGUCAUGGCUGAAGGGUUUAAGAAGGGACCAGAGAUGAAUGGUGUUUCUUUUCGCUCUGGUCUCCAUUUGAUCUAGAAUGCAGACUGCGUCGGAGCUCACUUCCUCAAAACAGAUGAUCCAACUCAAAUGUAAUUUCAAGAAAAGCGCCGUGCAACAUGUUUGCUGGUCCAUUGUUAGGUUGGGUUUCUGCUAUGCGCUGCAACAGCGACUUGUAAUUUAGCAAACUCGGCUGUGUAUCGAAUUUUGGAGAGAUUUUAUGAUUGCAUUAUUCAUU